UGCCAGCUCAAGGGCCUUGGGGAGGAAGGACGAGGUGGCACGAGGGGGCGGGCGAAGAGCAGCUCUCCUGGCACAGGUGACAGGUCCGGGAGGAGACCCUCGAGGAAGCGGACUCACAAAGCCGAGAACGCGCCGGGAAGGCGCCGAGCCCCGCCUGGCCAGAAGGAGCGGGCCGGGGGCAGCCCGGGGUCGGGGUCUCCCCGGAGGAAGCAGGCAGAGCGCAGGGGACGCAGAGAGCAGCUGGGGGAACGGGAGCGAGGCUCGGCAGAGAAGACCUGCGGAGGGAGGAGGAAGAGGGACGGGAGAGCUUCCCUCGGGGAGCACCGAGCACCUCCAAAGAAGGAAAAGGAGGUUCCGAGGAAGGAGGAGAUGUGGAAGCAGCUGAAGAAACACAGGUCAUCCUCCUUGGCCUCCAGCACCUCCGGUGGGGAGUCUCUGUCUGAGGAGGAACUGGCCCGGAUUCUGGAGCAGGUGGAAGACAAGAAGAAGCUCAUCGCCACCAUGCGGACCAAGCCCUGGCCCAUGGCGAGGAAGCUGGCGGGGCUCAGGGAGGCCCAAGAAUUUGUGGAGAAGUAUGAAGGAGCCUUGGGAAAGGGGAAAGGCAAGCGACUCUACGCCUAUAGGAUGCUGAUGGCUAAGAAAUGGGUCAAGUUUAAAAGAGACUUUGAUAAUUUCAAGACUCAAUGUAUUCCCUGGGAAAUGAAGAUCAAGGACAUUGAAAGUCACUUUGGUUCUUCAGUGGCAUCAUAUUUCAUCUUUCUCCGAUGGAUGUAUGGAGUUAACCUCGUCCUUUUUGGCUUAAUAUUUGGUCUAGUCAUAAUCCCAGAGGUGCUGAUGGGCAUGCCCUAUGGAAGUAUACCCAGAAAGACGGUGCCUCGGGCUGAGGAAGAAAAAGCCAUGGAUUUUUCCGUCCUUUGGGAUUUUGAGGGCUACAUCAAGUAUUCUGCUCUCUUCUACGGCUACUACAACAACCAGAGGACCAUCGGGUGGCUGAGGUACAGGUUACCCAUGGCUUACUUCAUGGUGGGGGUCAGCGUGUUCGGCUACAGCCUGAUGAUAGUCAUUAGAUCGAUGGCCGGUAACACCCAGGGCAGCACGAACGACGGGGAGAGCGAUAACUUCACAUUCAGCUUCAAGAUGUUCACCAGCUGGGACUACCUGAUCGGGAAUUCAGAGACGGCCGACAACAAAUACGCCUCCAUCACCAUCAGCUUCAAGGAAUCAAUAGUGGAUGAACAAGAGAGUAACAAAGAAGAAAAUGUCCAUCUGACAAGAUUUCUCCGUGUCCUGGCCAACUUUCUCAUCAUCUGCUGUUUGUGUGGAAGUGGGUACCUCAUUUACUUUGUGGUGAAACGAUCCCAAGAAUUCUCCAAAAUGCGGAACAUCAGCUGGUAUGAAAGAAAUGAGGUAGAAAUUGUGAUGUCCCUGCUUGGGAUGUUUUGUCCGCCUCUGUUUGAAACCAUUGCUGCCCUGGAGAAUUACCACCCACGCAUUGGACUGAAAUGGCAGCUGGGGCGCAUCUUUGCACUCUUCCUGGGAAACCUCUACACAUUUCUUUUGGCCCUGAUGGAUGACGUCCACCUGAAGCUUUCUAACGAAGAGACAAUAAAGAACAUCACUCACUGGACUCUGUUUCACUACUACAACUCCUCGGGUUGGAACGAGAGCAUCCCCCGGCCACCCCUGCACCCUGCAGAUGUGCCCCGGGGUUCUUGCUGGGAGACAGCUGUGGGCAUUGAAUUCAUGAGGCUGACAGUGUCGGACAUGCUGGUAACGUGUAUCACCAUCCUGGUGGGGGACUUCCUGCGGGCUUGUUUUGUCCGGUUCAUGAACUACUGCUGGUGCUGGGACCUGGAGGCUGGAUUUCCCUCAUAUGCUGAGUUUGAUAUUAGUGGAAAUGUGCUUGGUUUGAUCUUCAACCAAGGAAUGAUCUGGAUGGGCUCCUUCUACGCCCCAGGACUGGUGGGCAUCAACGUGCUGCGCCUGCUGACCUCCAUGUACUUCCAGUGCUGGGCGGUGAUGAGCAGCAAUGUCCCCCACGAACGUGUGUUCAAAGCCUCGCGAUCCAACAACUUCUACAUGGGCCUCUUGCUGCUGGUGCUCUUCCUCAGCCUCCUGCCGGUGGCCUACACCGUCAUGUCCCUUCCUCCCUCCUUUGACUGCGGGCCAUUCAGUGGGAAAAACAGAAUGUAUGACGUCAUCCAGGAGACAGUCGAAAACGAUUUCCCAACCUUCCUGGGCAAGAUUUUUGCUUUCCUCGCCAAUCCAGGCCUGAUCAUUCCAGCCAUCCUACUGAUGUUCCUGGCCAUUUACUACCUGAACUCAGUUUCCAAAAGCCUUUCCCGAGCUAAUGCCCAGCUGAGAAAGAAAAUCCAAGCGCUACGUGAAGUUGAAAAGAGCCACAAAUCUUUCAAAGGCAGAGCCACAGCCAGAGAUUCAGAGGACACAGCUAAAGGCAACUCCAAAAAUGCCACCCAGCUCAACAAAGAAGGGACCACACAUCACCCUGCUAGCCCAAGCCAGACCCUGGACCAGAAGGCGCAGGGCUCUAGGGCCUCCAGUUCUGCUGGCAGGACUGUGUCGCCUGCCUCCCAGCACCCCCUGGCGUCAGACCAGACUCUGGCCAAGCCCAGCCUCAGGCUCGUCCUUGGAGGUCAGCCUCUGGAAGGAGUGCUCAGAGACCUCCCCACUGACAGCUGGGACUAAUGGAGCAUGGUCCUGGGGCUGAUCCUUGGGCCCCCACUGGCUCAUCGCACCCCCCAAAUCGUUCUCUCUUCCUCUCUCUUCUCACACACAUGCACAUUCUCCCUCUUCUCAGUGAACGUGGGAACCUUGAUUACUCAGUCUCAAGCCCUUGUUAGCUACCAAAACAGGAGGACAAUGGCUUUAUCCACCUUUUAGAAGAGCUGAGCCU